AUGGACGCUUUAGGAGCCUUCUCCUAUAUGUGCGACAAUCUGCCGGCUUGGAUUGAUCAAAUUUCCGAACUGGCCACCUAUACCGCUGCGAAACAUGCCGAGUACACCGAGGCUUACAAGAAGUACGCCCCGGUGAGGCCCCGGCGUCGCAAGAACAGCUCCGUCUGCUCCAUCCGCACCGAUGACAUCUUCCCCUCGUCCCCGAAUCGCGGGACCUCGGUCGAAGCAACCCAAGGAACCUCUAGCAUUGCACUGAGAGCCCCAACGUCCCAGAUUAGGUUGAUUGGGAAUCCCCGGAAACGCAGUGCCGACGAUAGUCCUUCCAUCGAUUCUGCCGACGGGCCUGCCGCCUUUGUCAGCAUUCGACACAACGUGGUCAUUCACUACGACGGUCACACGCAAAAGUCGCUGGAGGAGAUGGUACGGAAUAUCGGUACCGCACGGAACAAUAUGCGACGAGGCAAGAUGUCACAGAUCUCCCUGGGUGGGCUCCGAUCGCGCAUGGGCAACCAAGACGCAAGGAAGAAUCGUGUAGCACCGGCUCUUCUGGACCAGGUUGACGGUUCUGAUAGCGACAUACUGUCCAAUAUUCGCAGCAUCCGAAACAGGGGUCCUCCCCCGGCUGAGGCUUCCUCAAGCCGCGUUCCUCCGAAAGAAACGGUUUUUGACGUGGUAGAUAAACAGCUCGAGCUGGUACACAGCCUCUGCGAGACAGCAGCUUACCAAUUUCUGCGGUAUGGAGAUUGCUCAGCGGAAUUGAAAGGUGUUGUGGAGAACUUUCGGUCACUGCUCGAAUUGGCGACGAAAGAAGCGCAAAGUUUGAAAGCCGAGCAACCAGAGGUGUCUUUAAAAGAAGAAGUGAAGAAGGAAAGUGUCAUGGUCUCACCUACGAAGACGAUUGCCGAACCCCAGCGCGACAAACCUCAGGCUUCGUGCACCGAGGAAAUCGAAGUUGACGAUGCUUCGUCUAUUUCAGUUGAAUCUAUUGAUAUCAAGGCCUUCCGCGCCAGUCGGCUCAGAACCUAG